CGAACCAAAAAGGAUCAUCAUCAUCAAUGACAAUCAUCUCUUUCUCCUUCAAGCACUGGGGCAACUCCGUCUUUUCGCUCCACAGACGCAGUAGUGGAUCUGCAACUGCGAGAAAACCGCCACGACACGAUUGAGCCACGGAUAGCAACUAUCAAAGGAGGCUUCAAAUCUUCCAUCAAAUCACAGAUAUGUCUCGAGGACAACAAGAAUUGCUAGUGAUAUUGUGUGAUGAUGGAUAUAUCCUGAAUGUAUAGACAAAGACAAAGAUUUGCAUUUGCUGUAGCAUAUAAGCACAGAUGAAAGGGGGGAGUCAUUUUAGCUUUCGAGUGAGGCAAAUAUCCCUAGCUCUGGUUGCUCUUGUUCUUUUCACAACUUUAAUGUGGACAUGGGAGAGUAAUCCAAUCGCUGCGACUUUAAGAUCAGCUCAAGAAUGGUACCACAUACCUUCAGGAAUUCCUGUGGAAGUCCCAACUGCUCCAGUGAGAACUAAAAAUCCAGGAAAAGGUGUGGAAAAAUCCUUAGCCCCCAUCAAAGAAAAUGGAACCGAACUACAACAUGAUGUUAAGGGUGCAGCAGCUGUAGAUUCUAUACCUGCAAAACCUCUGGAAAUUCAAUACAAUCAAGAUUUCAACUCUUCUUCCAAAAGUGAAGUUUGUAAUUAUGCCAAGGGUAACUGGGUUGCAGACAGCAAGAGGCCGCUCUAUUCCGGGUUUGGGUGUAAGCAGUGGUUAUCCUCAAUGUGGGCAUGCAGAAUGACAAAACGACCAGAUUUCUCAUUUGAGGGAUACCGCUGGCAGCCUGAAAAUUGUGAGAUGCAACAGUUUGACCGGUUUUCGUUCUUGAGAAAGAUGCAGGACAAAACAAUUGCAUUCAUUGGCGAUUCGCUGGGGCGGCAACAAUUUCAAUCUCUAAUGUGUAUGGCCUCUGGUGGAGAAGAUUCUCCAGAGGUUCAAAACGUGGGAUGGGAAUAUGGUCUGGUAAAACACCGUGGAGCUAUUCGUCCGGAUGGCUGGGCUUACAGAUUUCCCAAGACUAACACCACCAUCUUAUAUUAUUGGUCAGCUAGCUUAUGUGAUCUGGUGCCCCUUAACGUCAACGACAAGCAAACUGACAUUGCCAUGCAUUUAGACCGCCCUCCAGCUUUCAUGCAACAGUUCCUUCCUCGUUUCGAUGUUUUGGUUCUUAAUACCGGACACCACUGGAACCGGGGCAAGCUCACUGCCAACAGGUGGGUAAUGCAUGUUAAUGGAAAGCCAAAUGAAGACAAAAAGAUUGCAGAAAUAGCACAUGCCAAGAACUUAACAAUUCACAGUGUAGCCAGAUGGCUUGACAUGCAACUUGUCUUGCAUCCCCGGCUCAAAGCUUUCUUCAGGACCAUAUCACCUAGGCAUUUCUUCAAUGGAGAUUGGAACACAGGUGGAAGCUGUGAUAACACUGUCCCAUUAACCAAUGGAAGUGCGGUUAUGCAGGAAGGGUCUAGUGAUCCUGUUAUAGAGGGUGCAAUAAAGGGUACAAAGAUAAAGCUACUGGAUAUAACUGCUAUUUCUCAAUUGAGGGACGAGGCUCACAUGUCACGCUACACUAUUAGAGGAACUCUUAAUUCGAGUGACUGUUUGCAUUGGUGCCUACCUGGAGUUCCAGAUACGUGGAAUGAGCUCCUUGUUGCUCAGAUAUAGGCACACUGUCACAGUUUAGUCAACAGUAAGAAGAAAAUACAUAGGGUUAAUGGAUUUGUAAGAUGUUUGCGGGGGGAUCAGAAUCUGUCUAUUCUUUGUGGUCUAGGAAGACCAGUUAGUAUUAUUUUCUGUCAAAUGUAUUUCAUGCAUCACUAUCUUACUGAAUAGGAAUGGAAAUCAUGUAGUCCCACUCUCUCAUUUUCAGUGCAAACAGUAGGUGAAAACUUGGAUAUGUUAAGAGUCCAGAAAGAACAUAGAAUUACAAGCACGGGAUUUAUAUGUUUCGGAUUUGGUCCCAUUUGCAUGGCCAGAUUUGACAUGGCCAUACUUGAAAGGAUUUUGUAAUUUGUAUGUGUCAAUAAAGAAAAAAUGGUCUGCACAGUUUUUACUUUA